CUAGAGUAACCUAGUGGCUGGUACCCGCCCCUCCCCACCCUCUCUCUCCUGCAGCCUUAUGUUCUUUCUUUAAAUCCCUGACUUUCUCACCAUCCAAACAAGCACCUUCCUCAUUUUUUUCGAGAAAACCUCUUACAAUAUCAAUCAAAUCUUGAAUUUAUCAAAAAAAUAAAAAAGCCCAUUUUGGUAUUUCAGUUGAGGUUUUUAUCGAUACUAUAUUCAACUGCUUCUUUCUUACAUUCGCCGCUCUCUCUCAGCAUCCAAACACCACCACCAAACCUUAAUUUUCCCAGAAAUUGCACGAAGAGGACAAAAUCUGAGUAUUUCAAUUAAGCAUUCAAAUUCUCAAAGAAAUCAACUUUGGUAUUCUACUUCAGCUCUCAAAAGACUUUAACUUGUAUUCAAAGACUCUUCCUUUCUUUACUACCUUCCCAUAUUUUUUCUUGGCUUUCUUAUGAUCCAAACAUUACCAUAAAAGAAAUUGAGUUCUUUAAGAAUUCAAUAUGGGUUUCUCUCGAAAAGUAUAAACUACUUCCCCAGAUUUUCCUUCACUUUCUCAUGAUCCAAACACUAAAUAAAUAAAGUUUCUACAUGGGGGUCUCUUUUAAGGUCUCAAAAACUGGUACUAGGUUCCGUCCAAAGCCUGUUUUUCAAUCAGAUACUGUUCCUGAUGAGGUCUCAGAGAAUUUCAAAGAGAGCUCGGUGAUUGGCUCAAAGAAUGAAUCCUCUACGAGAAAGCGCCAGGGUGACAUUGUUGCGGGUGCUUUGGAUGUGUUAGAUGUCUCAAGUUCAUCUCUCUCUGAGCAUGAAGUUUCAUUCACAUUGAACCUCUAUCCAGAUGGAUAUUCUAUAGCAAAACCCCCAGAGAUUAAGGCUGCACAUCAGGCUCCACUUCAAGAUGGUCAGAAGUUGUUGCAUCCAUAUGAUAAGGCUUCUGAAACACUCUUUUCGGCAAUUGAAUCUGGCCGGUUACCUGGAGAUAUUCUGGAUGAUAUUCCAUGUAAAUAUGUUAAUGGAACACUUGUGUGUGAGGUGCAAGAUUAUCGGAAAUGUGCUUCCAAGCAGGGGUCUAGCAUUCCAUCUAUGGAUGGGCUCCCUAUUGUCAAUAAAGUACGCCUUAGGAUGUCAUUGGAGAAUGUAGUGAAGGAUAUCCCAAUGAUCUCUGAUAAUUCUUGGACGUAUGGUGAUUUGAUGGAAGUAGAAUCCCGCAUAUUGAAAGCAUUGCAACCACAGCUUUGUCUAGAUCCUACUCCCAAAUUGGAUAGGCUCUGUAAUAACCCAAUUUCGACCAAGCUCAAUUUAGAUCUGAGCAGUUUCCACAGAAAAAGAUUAAGGCAGACACCUGAGGUUACUGUCACAUCUAAUAACAGAAUCCAUGGAAAGAAUGUUUUCAUCAAUCGUGUGUCUGAAAGCUCUAACAGUAGGUCUGGAGAUUCUGGAAUCAUUUCAGGAAAUGUGAUACCACAGCAUGUCCAGGAGAACCAGUCUACUCAAAACCUUGGCCCUAACAACAUGUUAACCUUAAGAGCAAGAAGCUUUGUUCCGGAUGGCAAUGUUCCUGGAUUAACUUUGGUACCCCAGCAGCAGAGGUAUCAAAUUGGGAUUUCCCCAAGAAGUAUGCAGGAUCAAGGGUCGUCUCUCAUUAAUGUUUCAGGAGCUUCCCCUUCCAGGCAGGACAUGAUUGUUGCUUACACCAACAUCAUUAAUCCUGGUGGUUCUCUUCAUGGGAAAAGGGAGAACCAAGAUGCCCAAUCAUUGCCUUUAUCUAGUUUUAAUAAGAGAGCAAGGCUUACACCAGCAGGUCCUGAUGGAAUUCAACAGCAGCAAAUGGGGCUGCAUAUGGACAGCCUCCAUGAAUCCGAAAUGAACUGGAAGAAUUCAUUACUACAGCAGCAAGCAAUGACAAGAGGAAUUCAGUAUGCUAAUUCAGGCAUUCAGAAGUAUCCUCACCAAAUGUUAGAAGGGGUUGUGCAUCAAAAUGCUGCAGCAACAUCAUUUUCUGCAGGACAGCCAUGUAUGAGACUUGGUCUCAAGGAAGAACAGUUAGAGACAGAAAAACCGGAUGUGCUUGGUCAGGGUAAAAAUGAUAGGCAGAUGAUGGAAGCAGAAGCAGGCCAUUUGCACACACAGCAACUACAGGUACAGCAAAGAUUACCACAACAUCUCAUGAGAUCUAAUUUCCCUCAGGGUGGAUGGAACAAUCUCAGUCAAGAUUGUAGGAAGGAGGAACCACACCAAAAGAGGAAAUUGGCUCAAAGUCCCCGGUUAUCAACUGGGUUAGCUCAUUCGCCUCUAUCAUCGAAAUCCGGUGAAUUGUCCAGUGGUUCAGCUGAACCCCAUUUUGGAGCAACUGUUGCACUUGGGUCAUCACAAAGGGACAAGUCAAUGGCUGCUGCCCCAUCUUUGACUUCCAGUGCUAAUGAUCCCUUGCAAAGGCAGCACCAGGCUCAGGUUGCUGCAAAACGGAGAUCGAAUUCCCUUCCCAAGACCCCAAUAAUGAGCAAUGUGGGGUCUCCUGCAAGUGUUAGCAAUAUAAGUGUUCCAUUAAAUGCAAAUAGUCCUUCAAUUGGGACACCACCAAUGGCUGAUCAAAGCAUGCUUGAAAGAUUUGCGAAGAUUGAGAUAGUGACAAUGAGGCAUCAACUCAACUGCAAAAAGAAUAAAGUUGAUGAUUACUCUAUCACAAAACCAAACACCUAUUCACUUCAAAAUCUGUCUGAUCAUCUCUCCAAUUCAGCUAAUAAUGAGGAGUUCAAAGAUGAUAGUAAUGCAAGGCAGUUAUCAAAGUCUCUUGCAGGUGGCAAUAUGAAUAUCUGCAAGACGAGAUUUAUGGAUUUCACGCUGCCAGAACGAGUGCUUCAAGGGAAUGCUAUUUCUUAUGUUACAAAAGUACGGAAUAGAAUGAUUAUGUCAGAGAAGCCAAAUGAUGGUACUGUGGUGAUGCAUUACGGAGAAGCAGAUGAGAAGCCAGUUGAUGUUCUAUCUGCAGAAGAUUAUCUUCCUACAUUGCCCAAUACUCAUUUUGCGGAUUUGCUUGCAACACAAUUUUGUUCACUGAUGAUGCGGGAAGGAUAUCUUGUGGAAUAUCAUAUUCAACCGAGACCUGUCUGUAUUAAUAUUGCUUCAAGCAGUCAACCAAAUGUUUCUGGAGGCCCUCUUAAUAAUUCUGCUAUUGAGGCGAAGCAAUACAAUGAAACAGUUUCAGUUCAGUCAUUGAAUGAUAUAAAACCUACUCUUGGUGGCAAUGCGUCUAUUAAUUUGUCUCACAAUCUACUAGCAAAUUCAAGGAUGCUGCCUACUGGAAAUCCUCAGGCCUUACAGAUCUCCCAAAGUCUUGUGUCAGGGGUUUCAAUGCCUGCAAGACCACAACAACUAGAUCCACAGCAUUCUCUUCUGCAGCAGCAUCAACAGCAACAGCAGCUGCAGCAACAAAAUCAACAUGCCUUAAUUCAACAGCAAAAUUCACAGUUUCAGAGGUCACCAAUGGUGCUUCCAUCAAAUCCACUCUCUGAUUUAGGUGCAAUUGGAGCAAAUUCAAACAUGCAGUUGGGUAGUCACAUGGUAAACAAGCCUUCUACUCUUCAGCUGCAGCAGCAGCUGCUGCAGCAGCAGCAGCAGCAGCAGCAGCAGCAGCUGCAGCAGGGGCAGCAGCAGUCACAGCAGCCGUUGCAGCAGCAGCAGGUGCCACAGAUGCAGCAGAGGAAAAUGAUGAUGGCUAUGCGUAUGGGAAGCAUGGGGAAUAACAUGGUUGGUCUAGGAGGUCUGGGUAAUGCCAUGAGCAUUGGAGGUGCGAGGGGAAUAGGUACUGGAAUCUCUGGACCUAUGGCUCCCAUAACUGGAAUGAGUAAUGCCAGCCAGAACCCGAUAAAUCUGGGCCAUACUCAAAAUAUCAAUGCAUUAAAUCAGCAACUUCGUAAUGGACACAUCAUGCCUGCAACUGCUCAGAUGAUGAAACAAAGAAUCAAUCGAACGAGUGUGUUAGGGGGGGCUCAGUCUGGCAUAACUGGGAUGUCAGGAGCCAGACAGAUGCACCCAGGCUCUGCUGGUUUUUCCAUGCUUGGCCAACCUCUGAACCGAACCAACAUGAAUGUAAUACAACGAAGUCCAAUGGGGCAUAUGGGUCCACCAAAGAUGAUGGCAGGGAUGAAUCACUAUAUGCAGCAGCAGCAAUUACAGCAGCAGCAACAACAAUUACAGCAGCAGCAGCAGCAGCCACAAGUACAACAACUGCAACAACAAUUACAGCCACAGCAACAUCAACAGCUGCUACUGCAGCAGCAGCAAGAAACUUCAUCGCUACAGGCUGUUGUUGCUCCUUCACAAGUGGGGUCACCGUCAACCAUGGGAAUUCCACAACUGAACCAACAAACCCAGCAGCAGCCCAGCCCACAGCAAAUGAGCCAGCGAACCCCAAUGAGCCCCCAGUUGAGUUCAGGAGCAAUCCAUGCCAUCAGUUCUGGUAAUCCAGAGGCUGGUCCCGCCAGUCCACAGUUGAGCUCUCAAACCCUUGGUUCUGUUGGAAGCAUCACAAAUUCUCCAAUGGAACUCCAAGCUGUGAACAAACGCAACUCUGUUAGCAAUGCAUGAUCAAGUAUAAUAUUUUUUGGUUUUGCUUCUUGAGUCAUGGCUCUAAGUGCCCCCGCUUUAGAGCCACUUUAGAGCACGAGAACUCCUUUUGGCAUUUCUGUACAGAACAGAAAUAGAAAGCUGAUGUUGCAGCACGAAAAAUGGAGUGAAUUCCAUAGCAUUGGAGCAAGCUGGAAGGAGGAAAUUCUCAUCAUGUGUAGUUAUUUAAGUAAUGUAAUAUUUGUGAUGUUUUAAGUGUGCGAUGGUUAGUUAUAUUUGUAUUCGUGGGGCAUGUUUUGUAUAUAACUAUGUUUAUUUGCAACAACCCACCAUGUAAUGGAAGGCAUCAUGAAACCUUGUGUAGUUUUUUUGUUUUUGCGAAUAGAAUUUACGAAGUGCAGCAGGGCCAAAAUUUGACAGUCUA